AUAACGGCCCUUCCAUAUCGACGGGCACAGCCGUACCGGCGAAGGCCAGCCAUACUAUUAUAUAGUCUCAGGUGUGCCCUCCCUCCAUGCGGAGCAAAAGUACAACAGAACCGACAUCCAACCCACACCUAGCCAUGGAUACAAUCCACUUCCCUCCGCGCCUCCUCGCCUCCGCCGGUCUGGCAGGAGUCCUAGUCCAGCUCCUCAUCAGCCGCACGCGCGAAGUCCCCACGAUGCCAUUCCUGACCCUCUACGGCCUGGGCGAGAUCGCCGUGGUCUCGCUGCUGCACCACCUGCUGGGCGCACACGUUUCCGUGGUCUCAGCCGCAGUGCAGAUGAACGUCGUCUUCCUCACAGUCCUGGUCUCGCUUACCGUCGUCCGCCGCAUGUUCUUCCACCCGCUGUGCUGCUUCCCGGGGCCGCGGAUGGCCGCAGCCUCCGGCUGGUACGCCGCCUACCUCAGCAGCGAGGGCCGGCUCGGCCACGAGCUCCGCGCCCUCCACAACGAGCUCGGCGAUAUCGUGCGGAUGGGCCCAAACGAGGUCUCGUGCAUCGAUGUCAACGCCCUCGGCCCCCUCUACAGCAAGAGCUUGUCACAUAACAGCCGCGGCCCGUUCUAUGAGAUCUCUGGGCUCAUCGGCGAAACUAGUCUGGUCACAGAGCGCGGCUCGAAGAAACAUGCGGUCCUGAAGAGGAUUUGGGAUCCCGCGUUCAAGCCCGCGGCUAUCAGGGAAUACGAGCCGAUCAUCGAGAAACAUGUCGCCGUGCUGGCUGAGGUGCUGGAGGGCAAGGCCGAUAAGGAGGUGAACGUCGUGGAGUUUGUGAGCCAUAUGGGGUUCGAUAUAAUGGCCGAGCUCGGGUUCGGGAAACAUUUUGGGAUGCAGGAUGGAACUGGCAAUCCGGCAUACGUGAACUUCAUGCACAAAUUCAUGAGAUUCACAUCCUUCUGCGGCGCACUUCCGCACCUCUGCAACUUCAUCCGCUUCAUGCCAAAGUCCCCGGCAGUGCGAGCGUUCCAGAAGCUAGUGGAAGACAUGCUCACCGAGCGCCUCGCGAAGGGUUCCGGAAAGUCGAAGGACGUGAUGGAAUACCUCCUGGAGCCGGACGAGGACACGGGCAAGCUGCUGUCGCCGGGGGAGAUGUUCGCCAACGUCGUGCUUCUCAUCGUCGCCGGAGCUGAACCGACCUCCAAUGUACUCUCCUGCAUGUUCCUCGAGCUCGCGCGCAACCCAGAGAUCCAAGCCAAGCUGUACGCGGAGGUGUCCGCGCACGCGCGCAAUGUCGACCAGCUAAACGUCCAAAACACCAAGGGACUGAAGUACUUGCAGGCGGUGAUCGACGAGACGCUGCGGCUAUGGCCGCCGGGGAUCCGGGGGAUCCAGGCUCUAGUCGGCCCUGAUGGGAUGUCCGCCGCCGGAAGCUUCAUCCCCCCGUACACGGCCGUUAGGAUCCCGUCCUUGGCUACGCAGACUGAUGACCGGUAUUUCCCGCAGGGGAAGAAGUUUAUUCCGGAGCGGUGGACGGAGCGGCCAGAGCUGGUGCGGGACCGGCGGGCGUUGUUUGCGUUUUCAUGCGGCGAACAUGCCUGCCUCGGUAAGAACUUGGGCCUAGCCGAGAUCCGGCUCACGGCCGCAAAGAUGGUGGAGCAGUUUGAGCUCCGGCUGGGCGAGAGUUGGGACGAGAAGAAGUUCCUGGGCGACUGGAAGGACUACUAUACCGUCUCGCUGGGGAAGAUUUCGUUAAAGUUUAGGCCGAGGAGGUGA